AUGUAUAAGACUAGAAUCGAUGACAAUGAUGAUUCUGAUGGUGACAGUAGAGAUUCAAGUGAUGACAGUGGAGAUUCAAGUGAUGUUAAUGAUUCUGGCGAUGACAAUGUUGAUAGACAUGGUGACAAUGAUGAUUCAGGUAACGUUAAUGAUUCUGGUGAUGACAAUGUUGAUAGACAUAGUGACAGUGAUGAUUCAAGUUAUGAUAAUGUUGAUGGACAUGGUGACAAUGAUGAUUCAGGUGAUGUUAAUGAUUCUGGUGAUGACAAUGUUGAAAUAAAAUACAUGUAA